ACCUACACCCCAGACGAUGCCCCCGACAAGUCUGAACAGGGCCAGGCCGGCACCAACAAGUGCGGCACCGGCAACGACCAGAACUCGAUGUGCCAGAACGUCUACGUGAACUCGCUCGACGACUUCUGCCUCUUCGCGCCUCCGAAUCCCGGCGCGUCGUCGACGAUCGGAGACACGGAGCGCAUUGAGGUCGCGUGGUGCGUCCAGGGCGGCCACGGCACGCGCGUCAUCCCGGACGGCACGAUCACGGGCGCGCACUUCGUCCAGACACCGGACUAUGUCCAGGUCACCGGCGUCGGCGACUUCACCAAGAUCAACAUCCCUCAGGGCGACGAAGGAGGAGAGCUCGACCCGCACGGCGCGGACGGCAACGGCAAUCCGAUUGGCGGACUCGUAUUCUCCAACGCCUUCGGCAGCGUAACUCAAAUGCACGAAUGGACGAACUUCAUGGCCUAUAACGAGUUCUGUAUACGCGCGUGCAAGGGCCCCAACGCCGCUGCGCUCUGCCAGCACAUCUACGAUGUCAUGGGUUGCGACUGGAACAUGCCUGGCGACUACUCCGCCGGCUCCUUCGACUCCUGCCAUGGAGACAGCGGCGAGCCCAUGGGUGUAUACGGCACCUCCACCUUCCACCAGGGCCAGCCUUCCACGCCCGAUGCCCACCCUGCCCCACCCAAGUCCCAAUGCCAGCAGGCUAACACGAUCGCUAAC